AUGAGUAUCCAAAAAGCAUCCCUAUCACCAUCCUGCAAUGGGCAGCAUGCUUCCAGCAGCCCUGAUCAUUCUUGGAAGCAAAAACUGUUUACCAAAGAAGAUCCCUUCCAUUUGCACAAGACCUUGGCAUUGCUGUGUCUUGCAUCGUUUGUUUGGCGUUUCUCGCUGUUUGGUGCCGCCGACCUUGGAUUUCGAUCCCAUCCUCAGUGGACGUUGGUAACUCUAAUCCUUCAUUUCUCCCUUCAUUUGAGCAGCUUUGCCUUUUCCAUUCCUGCCAAACGCAUUGCCUCCACUUCCACCGGAGGAUGGAGGAUCUGGCCCGAGUAUCGACUGCAUGCGGCAAUCUUUUGCCUUAGCCAGUUGUCUUGUAUUGCACUGGUGAACCCCUUUGUCAUGACAUUGCAGCGCAAGAAUUUGAUCGCGCACGAACAGGCGUUGGGUGUGCAUGCCGCCAUGCUGGGGUGGGGAGCCAUCCUCGUUGUCUCAGAAUUAUCCAUUUCGCAUGGUGAAGAUGCACCACCUCCCUUGACUUCGAUUGUGGCGGUGGCCUUUGUCGCUGCGGUAUGGAGAAUGGGGCCGUGGCCGCAGGCCCUUCGCAGCAAGUACUUGAUUUGGCCAACCGUGUAUUGGCUGCUGGAAACUGUGAUUCGACCAGGAUCAUCCCAGCAAAAUCUCUACCUCGCAAUCGCUUCAUUUGUGGCGGUGGUUGCCAAUGGCCUACAGUACCAGUAUGCCACGAUCGUUCCAACAAGCCUGCCGCCAAGACGAGCUAGUGACUGA